GGCCCCGCAAGGGGGAGGCAUGUGGGGAUGACGUUCCGGAAAUAACUCACAUUUUCGCGUAUAAUUCGCAACACGCCGCAGUUGCAUAGCUUUUAUUUAAUAUGUGAUUUAAUAGUAGUUAUUCUCCAUGACGUGCCCAACUACAUUUAUCGUGCUCACCAUGAUUUUCUUCUGUCUCGCUGUAUCUAUGCUUGGGGUUAUACUAACCAAGCCGGCCGUAUUCCCUUCUCUUGGUUCCAUCUCGGCGUGAUCGUUGGGACAAGAUGUGCGCGGCGGCGACUCCCUGUGGCGGCGGUCGUCUUUGUCCCCCGGAUUGGUUCUGUUGUGGUGACGACUGCUGCGCGCCGCCGACCUUCAACACCAGACGCAUCGCCAACGACUCGCUCAGGGAAGUGUUCGUCACAUCAUGGUACUCGCAAUGGCAGGUGUUGUUCCUCCUGGUAACACUGGGCGGUAUAGCGUUAUGCUGCGCGUGGUGUCUGUACCGCAGGCCGUCUUGCGCGUGCUCCUUGUCGUGCUGCACACGCGCACGCUCCGAGCGGGACUCUGCGGGGUCCGUGUGCGCACCGCCACGGUACAGCCGCUGUGGGUCCGUGCAUCAGGCCCCGCCGCCGUACGCUGAGGUGACUUCCAAACCGGAUCUGUAUCCCUUGGUGAUAACGUGUGGUGAGGGCGACGGGAAGGCGGGCGGCAGCUACCUCAUGGUGCACUACUUCAGGAACUACGUCAUUCGUGCUCCAGGUUCUUUAUCUGCGACGAGCACAGCGGAGUCCUUGAAUUCUAGUUUCAUAUGCAACGCAGCUAACGAGGCUGACACACACACACUAUCCGACCCAAAAACACUCACCUCAGAGAACACGACAACACACUAUGACAGACCCACACAGGCGCACAUAGCACUACCUGAGGCGAACACGAUGGUUCCCCCGCCGUAUUCGUGCGCCUCCAGCUGUUCGUGUGCCCGCGGUCUGCGAGACCUCGGUUUGACUGACGAAAGACGCCGAGAUCACGCCAUCACACCGGAUCAGAACUAUGAUCUGGAGUUGGAGCUCAUAGACUGUGAGAUGUAUUGCGAUGGAGGCUGCAAGCCGCGGCUGGGUUCAUCGCCUCCGCCGCGAAGGUCAUCACCCAGCGCUGAUGACUCAUAUUGUGAGCGCGCUGCCUACCUACGACAUCUGUUCCUAACCUCUCCUGACACACCCGGCGGCUGCGAAUCUCCACCUCAGCCGACAAGCCCCACGCAAUCCAGGGAAUCCACUCUCCGACGGCAGAUCGAUGAAAGAUGUCAGCGAAGACACGAUUUCUUAAGAAGACCUCCCAGGACGAGAAAAUCGAGCUUGUAUAUCCCACUUUCUAAAGUACCCCCUGGCAGCAGGAAGUUUUUGACGAGAUCGGCCCCGGUCACUCCCAGCGGAGCGCUAGUGCCAAAUCUACUGUCCUUCACGCAGAGAGUUUCGGCUUCGAGACUAAGUUCCAAAUCUUCUAGGUUGGAGGAAGAAAACGAUCCACUUCUAAUAGACGGGGAAGCGGCAGAUACAGAUCAUAAAUUUUAGACACAAACAUGCUACAAGAAUAUGAAUUAUGAGACGAAUUUUUGUAUACACAAUGAACAAGUAACGGCCUAUAACUUGCAAAACCCCGGGAAGUAACGCGAAGUGAACAUCCAUACAGUUGUGAUCGUUGCCAUCAUCGCGAUAAAUCGUGAAGUAGCUAGUAAAUGUUAUUCAAUUAUAUUGCGUAGUCGUAAGAUAAUGAGCUUGAUGGACCAUUGUUCACAUGCUUUCUAUUGAUUAUAUUAUAUGUCAUAAAAGCUGU